GCUCCAAAGCGUUGAUUACUGAUUAGGCUAUUGUUCCUGUGCAUUGGAAUGCAGGUGUUUUCACUUUCUCAUAGGCACGCAUGACUACUUGUAGCCCGGUGUGCAUCUGGGUUGCCCGGGGGUUGUGCAGAAAAGGCAAGGACUCAGACAGAACCCGAUCAGAAGACCCAGAGACACAGACAGGCACCAUGUCUCCACCUCGGUCAGCUCUGAUGCUGCUGCUGGUCUCCGGCUCCUGGGCCUCCCAUUUCUACGGAGGAACCAUGACGUAUGACCCCAGAGGGACCAACCUGGACGGAACCUACACAGUGGAACUUCGCUACAAGACAGGCUUUCACUCCUGUCCUGACUCUGAUGGCUUAACCUGGACGUGUACCAGUGGAGACUGUGGAAAUCAGACCAGUCUAGUAGUUCAGACAGUGGACCAGGAGAUAUCUGGAGACUACAUCUGGUGUCAGAAAGAAGGAGUCAUGAUUAGGGUCUCCAAUAACAUGCACUCUUAUGACCUGAGUUAUAUCGGCGGUAAUUGGAUAUUCAACGACAACGACGUUGUUGGCUGGACGCUGUUGACCCAUGUGGAUCUUGGGGUCAGGUCUGACACGGGGAAAGCCAACCGAUCUCCCCAGACCACUGUCAUUCCUCUGAUGCGUGUCCCUGUUAAUUGUCAGAGACAUUUCCAGUUGUUGAACUUUGACCCAGAUGGAGAUGAGGUCAGAUGCAGAUAUGCAGAACCUCCAAACGAGUGUGUCACAGCAAGUAACGUUACAUCAAGUAACAUGCCUCAGGACUUCAGCAUACAACUGGUGUCCUGCACUUUGUCCUUUUCCAGCAUCAGUAAUACCACUGGAACGUAUGUUGUUCAGAUGGUGAUGGAGGAUUUUCCUAUUCAGUCCAUCUCUCUCUUCUACAAUGACGGAACUCAAUCUAACAGGACUUCUGGUGAUACACUCAGCAAACUUCCCGUUCACUUUGCAAUAAGAGUGGAUCCCGCUGUUCCGUCCUGUACAGAGGGGGACUACCUACCCAUGUUCCUGUCUCCAACACCAGACCAGGGAGCAGUGCUCCUCGCCUCCACAGACCAACCACUGGAGAUCACUGUCAGAGCUCAGGCUACCCAGUCCACGGCUACAGAGCUGUUGGUGAGUGGACCUCAGAACAUCACAAAGAACACCACCAGCCCAGGACUGUACCUUCUAAGAUGGACGCCUACUACAGAGGAUGGAGGGGCUUAUCCUGUGUGCUUCAUCGCUCAGGGACUGAAUGGCAGUUCCCUGUACCAAUCUGAGCUGCGCUGUGUCAUCAUCCGUGUUGGAAACGAAAGUGCUCCUACAUCUACCAUUCCAAACAUAACCACCAAUCUCCCAGCCAUCUUAACUACCAAUCCCACAACCACCUCAAUCACCAAUCCCACAACCACCUCAAUCACCAAUCCCACAACCACCUCAAUCCCCAAUCCCACAACCACCUCAAUCCCCAAUCCCACAACCACCUCAAUCCCCAAUCCCACAACCACCUCAAUCUCCAAUCCCACAACCACCUCAAUCCCCAAUCCCACAACCACCUCAAUCCCCAAUCCCACAACCACCUCAAUCCCCAAUCCCACAACCACCUCAAUCCCCAAUCCCACAACCACCUCAAUCCCCAAUCCCACAACCACCUCAAUCCCCAAUCCCACAACCACCUCAAUCCCCAAUCCCACAACCACCUCAAUCCCCAAUCCCACAACCACCUCAAUCCCCAAUCCCACAACCACCUCAAUCACCACUCUUCCAGUUACCUCUACUACCAUUACAACACUGAGCAGCAGGUCUAGACACAUACUUGUAGUGAGCAUAAAACUUUCCUAUCAGCCACUGCUUACAGGUUUGCUCACAGAUGCAAACAUCACAACAGAAGUCUUACCACAAAUCCGUGAUCAACUGAUCACAAACGGGGUGCCAGAGAGCUUCAUCACACUGAGGCUGAUAGCAACUCAUGAUGUCAGAUCCUGAGUGAGGGGCAGGAAUUCGGCUUACGUUUCUUUCACUCGCGGUGCCUUCAGAAAUUAUUCAGACCCCUUCACUUUCUGUCUUUCUGUUUCUGUCAAUCUACACACCCACAUAAAAUGCUAAAAACCUUUGUACCAUUUUUCCAUUUUAUUA